CCUGGCAGUAAAGCAGCCAUGGCAGACCUGUGCCCAGGAGAUAUUAUUCUGGCUAUUAAUGGAGAGAGCACGGAGAACAUGACACACCUAGAAGCACAAAACAAGAUCAAAGCAUGCAUGGACCAGCUAUUGCUCUCUGUGAACAGAGCUGAAGGGAAGACCUGGUCACCCCCUGUUCUGGAAGAUGGCAAGGCUCAAGCAUACCGGAUCAACAUAGAGCCAGAGCCGCAGGACAAUGGACCUGCCCAGAGCAGGAGGCCGAUGCCCCAUGGGGCUGGGGGCAGCCCCGUGGACAACAAGCAGAUGCUGAAUGUGCAGCAUCACCACCCGACCCGGCUCUACACCAACAGUGGCUCUGAGUCAGCUCUGCCAGGCCAGCUGAGUGGGCUCCACAUCGCUCCUGCCUACAGCCUCGACCCCUUAAAGUCUCUCCCACGGAACAGAAAUGGGAUUGAUGUGGAGUCGGAUGUCUACAAGAUGCUCCAGGAUUAUGAAAAGCCCGUUUCAGAGCCAAAACAGUCCGGAUCCUUCCGCUACUUGCAGGGCAUGUUGGAGGCUGGCGAGAAUGGUGAAAAAGUUGACAAACUGAGCAACCCCCGAAACGUCAAGUCCCCGGUGUCAAAGCUUGGUGGUGCCAUGCCCGGGCUGCAGAUGCUCCCCGAGUGCACCCGCUGUGGGAACGGCAUCGUGGGCACAAUCGUCAAAGCUCGGGACAAGCUUUACCACCCUGAGUGCUUCAUGUGCGAUGACUGCGGCCUCAACCUGAAGCAGCGAGGGUAUUUCUUCAUCGAAGAGCAGCUGUACUGUGAGACACACGCCAAGGAGAGGGUUAAGCCCCCCGAGGGAUAUGACGUGGUGGCUGUUUAUCCCAACGCUAAAGUUGAACUGGUCUAA